AUUGCGUAGGGAGACUCGGUCUCAUUCAGUCUCCGUUCGCGAGCGCGCGCGUCUGGGAGCUCUAACGGGAGCGCGGCUGUUUUCUCCGAGAUGCCGCUGAUGCUGAUGCUGAUGCUGAUGCUGAUGCUGCCGUCCUCUUUCUCUUCUCUCCUCCGCGGAUCGCAGGAUUACUGAGGGAAGUGAUGGGCAGCCCGUAGUGCACGCGCUGGACGAGACGGGGGCGGGGGGGCUGCUUCGCUUUUUUAAUCAUUUGUUUUUAUAAAAGUGAGAAAGGCGUGUUCAUAUCAGACUCACAUCACCGCCGUUAUCACUGUUAUUAAUACCGGACGACGAGGAGGAUGAAGAUGUAGGGUCUCGCGGGGAAAACGUAUCACCUGGAAAACACCUGACGCGCGAGACGAGGCUCUCUCUCUCUCUCUCUCUCUCUCUCUCUCUCUUUCUCUCUCUCUCUCUCUCUCUCAUUAUUUUGCUACUAGCUGAGUAAAUAAACACAUAAACAAACAAACAGAGCGGGAUGACAUGGCUGCGAUCGCGAGCUCGCUUAUCCGCCAGAAGCGCCAGGCGCGCGAGUCCAACAGCGAGCGGCUCUCGGCUUCCAAGCGGCGCGCGAGCCCCAGCAAAGACCCGCGCUCCCUCUGCGAGCGCCACUUCCUGGGGGUCUUCAGCAAGGUCCGCUUCUGCAGCGGCAAGAAAAGACCUGUACGGCGGAGACCAGAUGCGCCCUCGAACCCUCCACAGGUGUCCCGUAAGGGCGUCAGGCUAGAGCCGCAGCUGAAAGGUAUCGUGACCCGGCUGUUCAGCCAGCAGGGCUUCUACCUGCAGAUGCAUCCGGAUGGGACCAUCGAUGGCAGCAAGGACGAGAACAGCGACUACACCCUUUUUAACCUCAUCCCAGUCGGACUAAGGGUCGUGGCCAUCCAAGGAGUUAAAGCUGGCUUCUACAUUGGCAUGAAUGGAGAAGGAUUCCUCUACAGCUCAGAGAUGUUCACUCCGGAGUGUAAAUUCAAGGAGUCCGUGUUUGAGAACUAUUACGUCAUCUACUCGUCCAUCAUGUAUCGACAGCAGGAGUCGGGCCGGGCCUGGUUUCUGGGCCUUACUAAAGACGGCCAGGUCAUGAAGGGCAACCGGGUGAAGAAAACCAAGCCCUCCUCACACUUUCUACCCAGACCCAUUGAAGUCUGCAUGUACAGGGAGCCUUCGCUGCACGAGAUCGAAGAGAAGCAACGCUCCAGGAAAAGCUCAGGAACUCCCACCAUGAACGGAGGCAAAGCGGUCAACCAGAACUCCACAUAGCAGGGCCUGAACACACAUACACACACACACAUACACACACACAAACAUACACACAUACACACAACCUGCCCAAGCCCUGACACCUCGAACCACGGAAACCACGGAAGCCACAGAAACACAGACCCACACACUCUACCAGGACGACAAGCGGCUGCUCAAACUGUCAGAAGAACUCGGAGGGAAUAAGUGCAAGCAAACGUGUAUUCUCGACCAGGACUUGAACUCAUAUUUUAUGCAAAAAAAAGAGAAGAAAUGAAACAAAAAACACAUAAAAAAACAUUAAAACAAACAAAAAAAAGGGUAAACAGCAACGAGCAGUAGGUUGAUUCACAACAAUAGUACUCUUCCUAACAAUAUUGUUUUGAAUUGAUGCUGUGAACAAAUAACAACAACAGAGCUUUAAAUCAUUCUCAUGUGUUACGAUGAUUCCUGAAUGCUCUUACACCUCCUUGUGCUUGCGCCUCCUUCUCGGGGACGAGAAUAUUGUUUCUUGACCUUUUCUUCUCCACUUUCCACGACUUGGUUUGAGUGUUGUUGUUAUUAUUAUUAUUAUUAUUUUUAUUAUUAUUAUUUACUUUCCAAUUUGCUUAAAGGUGAAUGCACUUUUGCACUCUGGACACUGGAGUGUUGGAUAAGGGUGAAUGUAUAAGAAUCUGAUUUAUAAUGACUGUAUUAUAAUUGCAUUUCUGAGAUUUCAUGGGUGGGACUGUUAGCUGGAAAUGAGGAUGCUGUGUGAGGGGGACUGUUGAUCUACCCUGCAUAUGAAACAGGACAGGGUGCAGCUAGAUUUUGGGCUUAAAGGAAUACUUGAUUGUUUUCCAACCCAAUUUGCACAUGGCGCAUCUAUAGCAUACGGUUAAUUAUCACAGAUGAGAACUUCUACAUGUUUCUGAGCACUUAACCCUAACAACUGUAUGUUAAUGUUGUGAAUUGUUUCACAUGUUGGUCAAGUACGAUUCCAUUUACAAAGCAUUUAUGCAUUGUAGUUGCUGUUUUUUCAGGAGACCAUAGGCAUGUCGCCAUUCAUUUUCAGAUAUCAUUUUAGGAAUUUUUUGACGAGGCCACAAAAAUGAUGAUGGUGUUUCAUUCUAGAAGAAUGCUAUGAUUAGGAUAAGGCCACCUCAGUUCGUAUUGAUUUUCUCUUCUCCUGGAUCUGAGUGCUAAACUUUGGUAGGCCUUGUAAUAAUUACUGGUUGUUAUGAUGUAUAAACCAUGUCUGUAAAUUAAACCGUUCUUGAGUUAAGAAGCCUAGAAAAAAGCCAUGCAAACAGCAGGUUAGGGGUUCUGAGAGUUUAAGAACAGACCAACCAUUCCCCUUAAACAGACCGAAGCAAAGUCUAACGUGGGCCUCUUACUGAGAAGUGAUUGUCUGUUGUAUUUACCUGCUACAGAUGCCGCAAAUAGAGAUUUGGUUUAAAAACGCUGGAGUGUUCCUUUAAGCUGGGCUUAUUUAUUCAUCUUACAGACAUACCUUCUUCACAGCUUUCUGACUCACAGCUCUGGAUUGAGUACAGAUAGUUUAAGUGCAUGUUUGUGUGCCCCGUCGACUGCAGCUUGUCUGCUUCACCUGGAACACGACACAGUUUAACACGUCGGACGGCCCUGAGAAUCUGUAAAUAGCCAGAAACUGAAUUUGGUGGAUUUUCCAUCCAAAAAUGUCCUGGCGCCCAUCCCAGACGCUUGUGUUUGUCUCGUAAUUCAGAUGAGCACUUCUGAGCUAGAGCAAAGCUGACUUAAACCCAGCUUACGCCUCGACAGACGGUGAAAUAACUACUCUAUACCUCCUUUCCCAAGCAUUCUCCAACUCAGGAAGCCCUAGUCUGAGGUUAUAACGUUGUUUAGCACUACCACUAGCCCUGUCCAGCCCAAAGCACAAAGACUGGCCACUAGUGUGGCUCCUUGUUGAGGGGCUUCCAGGCUGGAGGUAUGGACAGGGUGGGUGGGUGUUUGGUCUGUGGUGGGGGACAUGCAGGAGCUGCAUUACAGCAAUGCUCUAUUUAAAACAUUAUGCUAUUCACCAGUCUUCCACUAGGGCAGCAAUGAGCGCUGAGCCCGAGUCUAUCGUGAAAGAAAGAGCGAAGGAAAAACGUGCAAAAAUAGCGAAAGACUCAAACGCAUGAAUCAGGAAUGCUGUGUUUCUUCUUAAUGUUGAGUGGGCAGGUCAUUUGGGGGGGAUAAGAAACGAGGAGGAGAACGUUCCUUCCAAUAGAGAUGGAAAAGCAGGAAUUGGUUGUAAAAAAAAAAAAAACGUGGGUUUCAUUUUCUUGCUGUGUAAAAAAAAAAAAAAAAACCUAAACAAAAAAAAAACAGAACUGUUUAUUUUUCAUGUUUGCAGAUGUUUUCACCUUACUGAAACACUAUCAUAUUAUGCAUUAUGAACUAUGAGAUGUAUAAAAAUAUGCAUUGAUAUUACAAAGCAGAAUGACAUUAGGGAUUGUUUAAGAAUAAAGGUAUGAUACCAAGCUUUCA